AUGGGUCAAACUUUAACCAAAGAAGAGAUUAAAAAUGAAAUAGAAAAGCAUUUAAAAAUAUGUUUUCUUUCUUUAGAUCAAGAAGACCUAUAUUCAAAGAAUUCAAUAUCAUUUAAUCUUUCUACUGCAUCAUCACAAAAAGGAUUGGUAGAUGAUUAUUUUAGUUAUAUAGCGAAUCAAAAUAAUAAUAAUAAUAGUAAUAGUAAUGGUUAUGGAUCAAGUAGUUCGAAUAAUAGUCCAAAUUUAAUAGGCGCAAAUACUAAUAAUACCACUACAUCAUCAACUUCAUCAUCAGCAUUAUCAUCUACAUCUACAACACCAAUAACAAAGACCCCUCCCACUAUAUCACCAUCACCAUCAUCAAACGAUAUCCAAAAUGAUACAACCAACAACAAUAGUAAUAAUACAAAUAAUAGUUUAAACAAUUCAAAUAUACCUAUACAAAAAUCAUCAUCAUCAACAUCAUUAUUAAAUAAUUUAAUAUCACCAAAAAAGAAAACUGUAAAAUAUAAAGAAGGUAGUUUUGAAGCGGCAUGUUAUGAAGGUGAUGAAAUUUUUGUACAAUUAUUUAAAAAACAAAUACCAAAUACCAAUAAUAUUAAACUAUAUGAAAAAGUACUAAGACCAGUAAAUAUUAAUCAACAAUAUAAACCCCAACCAAACGAAUAUUUGACAAUAUGGGAGUAUUUUGAAGAAGUUAAUUCACAACCACUAUUUUAUGACCAAAAUCCUUCAUUUACAUUUAAUAAUAAUUAUUUAGUGCAAGAAAAACAAAUUAACAAUAUUGAAAAUGAUAGGUUUUUAAUAAAUAAAGAAUUUAUAAAAUCAGUAUUACAAUCAUUCGAAACUUUUAUAUCACCUUUACCAAACUCUAUUCAUUUUAAUGACAUUAGUAUUCCACCAUCAAUUGAUUAUUCAUCACCAAAUACAUUAAAAAUUCAUCCAAAUAUUUUACCAAUCAUAGAAAUUAUAAUAAAUGAUAAUAAAAUUAGUGAUCAAGAUAAUAAUAAUAAUGAUGAAAUUAAUAAUACAUUUAUAAUUUAUAAAAAAUAUAAUUAUACAUUAGAUUCAUUAUUAAGAUAUAGCAGUGAAUAUUUACAAAAAAAUCCAAAAAUAACAAAUUUUAUUAUUUAUCAAUUAGUACAAUUAAUGGCAUUCUUACAUCAAAAAGAAGUUGUACAUGGUGAUUUAACACCAUCUCAUAUUCAUCUUAGUAAUCAAAUGUGGUUAGGGUUAGAAGGUUUUUCAUUUCCAUCAGCACCUUUAUAUCAUUCACCAUCAGAGAAUCAAUUAGAGUCGUCAAUUAAUAAAUGGGUUCAUGGAGAAUUAUCAAAUUUCAAUUAUUUAAUGAUUUUAAAUCAUUUGGCACAUAGACGUAUGGGCGAUCCAAUGAAUCAUCCAGUUUUACCAUGGGUAAUGGAUUUCAGUCGUUUAGGUGGGGGCUGGCGUGAUUUAACAAAGACUAAAUACCGUUUAAAUAAAGGUGAUGAGCAAUUGGAUUUUCAAUUUUUAAAUGCACCUGGAGGUGCUGAAAAGCCACAUCAUAUUUCAGAUAUUUUAUCAGAAUUAACCUAUUACAGUUAUUUGGCCCGUAGAACACCAGUGCCAUUAUUACAACGUUUUGUUCGUGCAAACUAUGAACCAAAUGAGUAUCCAGCAACUAUGGAACGUCUUUACCGUUGGACUCCUGACGAAUGUAUACCAGAGUUUUUCACCAAUCCAACUAUUUUUUCAUCAAUUCAUCCAGAUAUGCCAGAUCUUCAAAUUCCAGAUUGGGCUCCAUCAAAAGAAGACUUUAUCCAAAUUCAUAUGAAUGCACUCGAAAGUGAUCAAGUUUCUAUUAAUUUAAAUUACUGGAUUGAUUUAACUUUUGGUUAUUUAUUAAGAGGUGAAGAGGCUAUCAAAGCUAAAAAUGUAGCUUUAAUGGAUACAAGCGUACCUAGAAAUUCUGGUAUAGUUCAAUUAUUUACAACCCCUCAUCCAAAGAAAAAAGUUUUAAAUAAUAAUUUCCAACAAAAACAUUACCAAUUUUUACAACAACAAAUAGCUCAACAACAACAGGCACAGCAACAAAUACAACAACAACAGCAAAAUCACCAACUUAACCAAAGUUCAGAGGAGUUUAUAAUUAGAUUCAAUGAAAAUGCAUUUAAAUAUGAUGGUAUGCAUUCUAGUGGUGGUACAUCAUUUUUACAAGGUUCAUCACUAGCCACAAUUUUAUCAUCAGGUAGGGGAGAUAAUGUAUCUAGAUCAGAUUCAAUCGGCUCAAACUCUUCAGCAACUGCACCAAACGUAUUAUUAUCACCAAAUAUAAGCCAAUCUCCAAAUAAUAAUAGUAAUGGGAACAUAACAAACACAUCUCCUUUAGUUUCUGGUAUAUCAAUAUCCACAACAUCAAAUACAACAACUAAUACCACUACUACCUUUAAUAACUCACCAUCAAACUCUUCGCAACAAACACAACCACAACGUUCAUCAUCGUUAUUAGGUGGUAAACCUAGAACCGGUUCGGGUAAACUUAAUGAAAAACAAACAUUAGCAAAGUUUUUACCAUCACUAUUUUAUUCACAAUCAAUUAAAAUUGAAAAAGAAGAACAGCAGCAACAGAUAUUCAAUAAUAGUGGAUCACAAUCACCAACAAAUCAACCAAUAAAUAUUGAUUUGUUAUCAAAUAUAAAUUCAAACUAUAUUGGCUAUGGUAGUUUAGGUAACUCUUCACCAAUUUCAUUAUUAAAUAUGCAACAAAAAUUAGCUGAACAACAAGCUCAACAAUCCUCACAAAUACAGCAAAAUCCACCACCACAACAACAACAACAAACAUUUUCAGGAACAACACCAAAUAAAGUUUUAAUUCAUUCAAAAUCAGAAGAAUCAAUGACAAAGAAAUAUCUUGGAAAUAAUGGUAGUAAUAAUGGGUUAAAUGCUUCAUUGUCUAGUAUUUCUAUAAAUAAUAACAAUAGUAAAACAAUGCCUUCAUCGCCACAGUUCGGCAGUAAUUCAGAAGCAAAUCAUAUUAAUAAUCCACCAUCACCAGUAUUAUUAAAGGAUAGUAUGAGUGAGGGUGUAAAUGAUAUCAUCGAACCAUUACCCGACUUUGAUUGUGAUUUAGAAGAGUUUGAAGUAAACAAUGAAUUUACAUUACUCAGUGAAGAUACUGGCUUCCAACAACAUCAACAAAAUUACCAACAGCAACAAACAACAAACACAAAUAUAUUUAUUGAAUCAAUUAUAAAUUGUGAAUCAACUAGUCUUUUUAAUUACAACUUUUCAAAAUUAAAUCCAGUUUAUCGUCCAUUAGAAUAUAAUAACCAAAACAGCUUUGGAUCAAAUAAAACAAGUCACUCCAAACCUUUAGUUGAAGAUUUUAGCCUUUUAUCAAUAAAUUCAAAAAAAGAAUUAUCAAAUAUCGAUUUAAUCAAAUCAAAUGAUAUGUUUUCUUUAGGUUGUAUCAUUGCAGAGCUCCACCAAGGUCAUUCAUUAUUUACAACACAAACUUUAAAGAGUCAUUUUUUAGACUAUGAGAAACCAAAUCAAAGAUCUCACAGAGGCCACUUGGUUAAUGGUUAUCCAAUUACAUCUAAUUUACCAAUCAAUGUUAAAGAGGUUGUUGAUAGAUUAAUUACACCAAAUCCAUCAGAUAGAAUGCAACUUAAAGAGUUAUUGUCAUCUACAUUGUUUCCAAGCUAUUUUAGACAAAUGUAUCAUUUCCUAUGUCAUUUCCAUUCGCUUCAUACUCCAGAAGAACGUUUAACUUUUACACUGGCCAAUAUUGGUAUUGUUACAUCAUUACCAAACGAAGCAUUCGAUUUAAUACUACCAUUUAUUUUAGAACUCUUUAACAAUCCAAAAACUAUGGUGUCUGCUCUAAUUGAUUUGUUGGAUCCUUUAUCUCAACGUUUAGGUAUUCAGUUAUCUCAAGCCUAUCUAUUACCAUGUUUAAUAAAAUUGUAUCAACGUCAUGACGACCAUUUGCUUCAAUGCCAUUUAAUCCAAGUGCCAAUGGUCGAUAUGAUAGUCUCUAGGUUUGGUCGUGAUGUUUACAUUCAUCACAUUCUUCCAUUCCUUUUAGAUAGUGUUAAAACCAAUCCAAAAGAAAACCCAAAUCACGAAAUGUUAACAACAGCAUUAAUUAAAAUAUCACGUAUUUUAGGUGUACCAUUAACUAUUAGACAUAUGAUGUAUCCAUUAUUAGUUGCAUUAACCAAGCCACGUCUCCAACAUUUAUCCGAACCUCUAGUAUCAAUUGCAUCUAGUCUAGGUGAACAAAUUAUAGUUAAAUUCUAUUUUCCUUCAAUUUUUACAUUAAUUCAAAAACAUUCUUCCAAGGCAUCCAGAUCAGAAUCAAUUCCAUGUAUAUUAUUAAAAUUAUUACAAGAUCUCAUAGCAUUGGUUAAACCAGGUUUACUUUUAAGAUGUUUAUUCCAGAAUAAUAACAGCAACUAUUUAGCAUCACUACUAUUAAAUCCACCAAACUCAUCACUAUUGCUACCACUUGCAGAAACAUUAAUUAAAAUUGCAACCCGAAUUGGUGUAAACAAUACAAAGAAUUCAAUUUUAAAAUACGUUCAACAGUUCUUUGGUAACUAUUCAGACCUCUACAAAUACUCUGGUGUCGAUAGUUAUGCUCAUAUUGGUGGCGAUUCUGAAAGUACAAAAUCAUUGCGUAGUAUAUAUUCACCAGAGAUGACCUAUCAUCUUUAUUAUAAAUUAUCUCGUUUAAUAGGUUUCGAUGUAAUGAGAGCUGAAAUUACAGACAACUCAUUGAUCGAACAUAUCAUGAGAGUUUAUAUUAAAGAUAACUCAAUAAAGACAAACGAACAACCACUCCAACAGGUUUCACCAUAUGUUUCAGAUGAUGGUCUUUACGAUGUGUACGAAGAAACACUAGAGCAAAAAAUAAGUUCCAUUUAUAAAUUAGACGAUUAUCAAGAUUAUGACGAUAUGAUUUGUGACCAAACAUUCUCACUUCAAGGAAACAUUGUAGCUCAAUACAAAGAACAUACAGCCUCAAUUAGAUCGAUUUCACUUUUACCAUCAGAAGAACGUUUCAUGACUGGUGGCAGAGAUAAUUUAGUAAAGAUUUGGAGUUUAUAUUCACCAAAGUCUCUCACCACUUAUAAUAAUCAUAUUCAUACCGCCCAUACUGUACAUUUCCUAUCGUCAUUGGUUGCAAGUUGUGAUAUCAAUAGUCUUCAAGUUUGGGAUCCAGAAAGUAAAAUCCGUGUAAACUCAUUCUCUGAACCAAAUGGUACUUUCCAUUGCUUUGAACCUCUAACCAACAAAUAUUUAUUAGCAUCCCCAAACGAAUCGUUCCUUUCAUUCUAUGAUUUAUCAAUAGGUAACCAAACUAACGAGUGGCAAUUAUCAUAUCAAACAAGUCAAUCCAUUCGUUGUAUUACUACAUCAAAUGAUAAUUUAAUCUCGACCAAUUCGAACCAAUUAUUAAAUAAUGUUACAGCAUCAAGUAUUCCUAAUGCCUUCCCCACAUGGAUUGCAACAGGCUCUUCAUCAGGUACAAUAACCUUAUUAGAUACAAGAACUGGUACUGUAUUAGAACAAUGGAAAUCACAUGAUCAUAGUCCAAUCACCAAACUCAUAGGUCAAGGUUCUAGAUAUUUAAUCUCAUGUAGUGAAAAAACUGUUAUUCAAUGGGAUCUCUACUCUUCCCCACCAUCAAUCUUUAAAAUGUGGAAGGGUUUCAAAGAAAAUAUUACAUCUGCAUCGCUUUAUCAAAACGAUUUAGUUGUAUCCUCUGGUUAUAAGUUAUCUUCGAUGACUCUAUUAGAUGAUCCAUAUUCUGCUGGUUAUAAUACUUUUAGAGUAGACGGUCUUAAAUUAAAUAUUCAAAAACAAACAAAUAUUCAAAGUAUUGCUUUCUUACCUUUACAUCAUAUUCUAUUAGCUGGUAAUGAAGAUGGUUCAAUUAAAGCUUUACAAUAAAAAAAAAAAUUUACAUUAUUAUAAAUUAAUAAUUACUAAUUUAUAAUUAAAUACAAUAUAUUUUUUUUAUUAAAUUAUUUAAAAAACUAUAAAUAAAGAUUUGUAAAAAUUAAAAAUUCUUAAAAAGGAAAUUUAAAUUUAAAUU